AUGGAAGACGCUGCCAACGGACCCGACCAUGUAGUGUCAGCCACUGCGGUCGCCAUCUCUUCCCCCGACCAACACAACAUCAAUGCGAAUGACUCCUCGUCCCUCUUUGUCUCAGAACGCUAUUCAUCGUCUCGCUCUCCCGCACCGGUUCCGCUACCACCACAUUUGAACCCUACGCCACCUCGCCGGGCAACAUUGCCUGCUUGUUCAGCCGGCCCAAAUCAGUCCAUGUUUGCCAAAAUACGUGAAAUGCAGAAGAAGGCUCAAGAGAGAAAGGCCGCUUUCAGCAGAUUUACACCAUCGCAAAUGGCCGAGGACGUCGACUCUGAGACGUACCUGAACGCUGUCACAGCGGGCAUCAGGCCUUCCACCGGAGAUUUUCCUCAGCCAGAGGUUGACGAUGACGAGAUGGGCGCACAGAGUGGCUCUGGGCGACGGCAGAACGGCGGGGUCCUUGGCUUUCGACACGAUGUCGAAUGGAUGAAGAUCAAAGGCGCCGAAGAUGCGAGGCGCAAGAAGCGUCAGCGUGAGCUCGUACAGAUCCACCAAGGCGAUCAGCCAGACCUUUUUCCCCCAGUACGCAAUGGUGCAGACGAGCUGGGCGAUGAGUCGGAUGGCGAAUUCUACGGGGAGAGUUGUUCGCGCAAACGCCGCCGCGAUGACCAACCUCGUAAGCAGAACAAGCCGUUUUCUUUCCAGGAUGCCGAACUCCAGGCCAUGCGUGUUGCUCUGGAAGCAGACGAAGACACGCCCAAGAAGAAGAAGAGGAAGAAGAAGAAGAAGAAGAAGAAGAAGAAGAAGAAGAAGAAGAAGAAGAAGAAGAAGAAGAAGAAGAAGAAGAAGAAGAAGAAGAAGGGCAGUGCAGGCGAUGGCGAUGUUGCGGCUUCACAACCAGCCUCCAGAAGCCGAGGCUCCAAGUCCAACGCUUCGCGAGCUCCCCGAGCCAAAGUCGCCGGGAAAUCAGCAACAAAAGGCUCGCGCAAGACGGCCGAAGACAAACGAGAGCUCGAGCGCGCCACGAAACAGGCCACUUCCUUGUUCAAUGCCAACGUUUUCGAGCAGCAGGCUGGAAUCGGAGCCGCAGAUCAGCCAGUCUUCGAGACAAGGAGAAAGGCUGGUGCGCUGAAGGAGCUCAUCGCCAGUGUGCCUGUUGCGGACAAGAAGCAGGCCAGAAACGACAUGAAUACUCUGUUGCAAGCCUCGAAAGAUUUCGACGGUCGAGGCGCGUGCAAGCUUGCUGCUGAGGGCAAUUGGCUGGUGAGGGGAAUGAAGACAUCCCUCAAGGGUUACCAGGUUCUCGGCACCGCCUUCAUGCGUCGCCGUGAGAACGAUGGACAGGAGCCCAGGGGUGGAUUGAUGGCCGACCAGAUGGGGCUUGGUAAGACGUUGAUGAUGCUUGCCAACAUUGUGAACUCUCGCGACGCGAUGAUCCGAAAUAACGACCGCGGAUCAACGACUACACUCCUAGUUGCAAGCCCUGCCCUGCUCAACCAGUGGGCCGCUGAGAUUACGCAACACACUGCCGUCGAUCUGAAGGUCAUGCGGUACGGAGCCGGCCACCGACUUGAUUCUACCCACAUCAUUGGGACAAUCAACACGCACGACAUCAUCCUCACGAGCUACAGCGAGGUCAUGAAGUCGUAUCCGAAGAACGAAGCACCUGUCGAGUGCCAGACCGCUGAGCAAAAGAUUGCGUGGUGGAAAGAGACGUACAAGAACUUCCGAGGUGUUCUCCACCAGGUGCACUUCAAGCGCAUCGUGCUGGACGAGGCGCAGGCGAUCAAGAACCACAAGUCGCGGACUUCUAUUGCGUGCCGCGCACUCAUGGCAGACCACAAGUGGGCGCUCAGCGGGACACCGAUCCUCAACGGCCUCGAUGAACUGUACCCGUACUUCAAGUUCCUCAGCGUUCCACACACGGGCAGCUUCAAGAUCUUCAAGCACAACUACUGUGGUGCCGGCGACGGGGAGAACGCCGAGCGUCUCUUGGUUCGCCUCUCGCAGUUUAUGAUUCGCCGCACCCACGCGGACAGGAUGUUCAACGCACCCAUCCUGAAGCUUCUGCAGGCGAACCAGAGCACCUACUGGUGCGAGUUCAACGGCGUCGAGCGAUGCAUCUACAUCAUCGUCCACCAGCGCUUCGCCGCGAGGAUCAACAUGUGGGCCAAGAAGGGCACACUCGACCGCUCCUACAGCAACGUCCUUGUCAUGUUGCUCCGCCUCCGACAGCUCACUGGUCACAUUCUCAUGCUACAGUUCGUCAUGAGGGACUUGCUUGAGCGUGAGGAUAUCGAGCGCAUCAAGGAUGUCGUCAAGGAGCAAGCUGCUUCCAGCAACAUCAGGCAGGGCCGCACGAUCCUCGGCAUUCGAAAGCAGCUCGAAGCCUACGAAGUGAGGGAGAAGAGGAAGGCUGCUGCCAAAGCCGCCAAGAGGGUUGCUGCGGAACUGGCAGCUAGACAGGGUGGCGAGUACAUCGAGCCCGAGAGCGAAGACGACGAGGAAGACGACGAACCCGUCCCAGUUCCGCGUGACGGCGAUGCUGAUGCUGAUGCUGAAGCUGAAGCUGAAGCUGAGGUUGUGAGCGCCCAUGGCGGCGCAGAGCGCAACAAGUCCGGUAGAGACUUUGGCAAGAGCUACGACUUCAAGCCCUACGUCAACAGUUUCACCGUGGGCGAGGCCUGGGAGAAGAGGAAAGAAAAGGCCAAGUGCGGAGAAUGCGGCAAGCGUCCCUACAAGCCGUGGAAGACGGCCUGCGGACAUUUCAUCUGCAGCGAACCUUGCUAUGAAGAAGUCAUGAACGCUGCUGCCGAAGGGGGCAAGACGAACGGUACCUGCAAGGCUUGCGGCGAGACGUUCUACGCCUGCACUCCUUGCGACGAAGAGGAGGAUGACGAUGUUCGAGCGGGCCGCGGCACUCGAUCCAAAGCGGCAGCGAAAGAGAAGAAGAAGAAGGAGCGUCUCGACCGGGAGGAUAUCGCCGAAGAUUGGUUGAGCUUGGGUGGCGAAGAGGUCCUGUCGUCGGCUAAGACGGUUGCCAUCAAGGCACAGAUUCUCAAUUGGAUCAAGAAGAACCCGAGCGUCAAGAUCAUCAUCUACACGCAGUUCCUGGCGAUGAUUCGCAUAUUGGCCAAAGUCUGCCAGCAAGAAGGCUGGAAGACCGAGCAGUAUCACGGCAAGCUCACUCUGGCAGCUCGCGACAAGUCGAUCAAGGCGUUCGCCAACGACGCCAAGUCGAAGAUCCUCCUCGCGUCUCUCCGCUGCGGCGGUCUCGGUCUCAACCUGACCAUGGCCUCGAAGGUCAUCAUCAUCGACCCCUGGUGGAACCAAGCCUCGGAGCAGCAGGCUUUCUGUCGCGUGUUCCGCAUCGGGCAGGACAACGAGACGUUCAUGACGCGCAUGUGCGUCAAGGACACGGUCGACGAGCGCCUCAUCGAGAUGCAGAGGACGAAGCAGAAGGAGAUUGACGAGGUCAUGGACGACCGCGGCAAGCGGACCAAGAACCUCGAUAUUGCAGACCUCGUGCGCCUCUUCGGCAGCAUUGAGGAGGAUGGCGAGGGCAAGCGGUUCAUCUUGGUCGAGAACCCUGAUGCUGCUGGUGGCUUCUACGCUGACCAUGAUCACGAGCGUUACGCGGACGAGUUGUAG